CAUGACUCGGAUAUCCACUAAUCUAUCUGUCCUCUUCAAGUUCUCUUUAACGUGGUGCUCAUCAUGGCAUUGCACUAUGUUCCAGAGGCUUUCACGUUCAAUGGGACUCCCGGUGAAAGUUCACUACGUGACAGAGAACAAGCGCUCCCAGAAUCCCUUUGUUACACAUCCUCCAUAACGAGAGUGCUCUGUUUUGUUGCAAUAGGCUGCCCCGAUCUUGAAGACCAUUGGGAGUCGCUGCAAUCCGCUGAAGCAUUCGAGAAGGUGAGGGGCAGCCAGUGCUCUAUCCUGUCCAACACUAUCUCCGCAGCGAGCCUGCUUCUCGCGACAAGUGGUGUUUUCGUAACCACUGGCUCUCCCGUGUCAUAUUUUGCAUAUACUUCACCUGCAACCUAUUUCCUGCUCUUUAUGUCACUCAUGAUGGCAAUGAUUGCGAUGCUCACAUCUGGCUUGAACAUGAUCCGCUGGCUACAAGCCGAUCGGCAGUGGACUCGAGAACAACUCAUGCCGGGCGGCUACUUCCUCCUGUCCUACCUGUUAUCGAUCGUUAUACCCAUACUAUUUGUUGGCUUGUCCCUGAAUUGCUUCAUAUUUGCGAUGUUGGUAGCAGGCUUCUACUCCCAGAACACGGUCUGCCGCAUCCUCACCACAGUCUGGCUGGUCAUAUAUGUCGUCAGCAUUGGAACAAUCUUGAUGGAGUUUGCGUGGAAGUAUGCGAAAUGCCUCAAAUCUCGAUGAUCCAGAUACCGUCAGGAGUUUCCACUUUGUUUUCAUUUGCUUUGUUACGGCGUUUGACUACGUAUAGUUUUGAAAGUUAGUGUUCUAUGUCGUGAAAUAUGCCAUGCAUCCACUGCUAUAGCUACCGUCUAUAUAUAUGUACAUAUGUAUUAGGUUCUGUCGUUUUGCGAAUAUUUACAGGAU